ACGCACAUCAGCCGCAGCCGCCUCGCGCCGGGUCCCGCGGUCGCAGCUCGCGUCGCCUCUUCCUCCUCCUCCUCCUCCUCCUCCUCCACGGUGCCGUCGCCGCUGCCACCGCCACUGCCUUCGUGAGUCGGAUCCCUCCGGCACACGGGCUCCAGCCGCUCGCUCGCUCGCUUCCAAAAGCGCUUUCCCCCACCCUCCGCUCAUCAAGGCCAUCUCGGUCUCCUUGCUCCCACCCACCCCGCCCCGUCACCCGACACUCCAGACCGUGAAAGAUGGUGGAUCGCGAGCAACUGGUGCAGAAAGCCCGGCUGGCCGAGCAGGCGGAGCGCUACGACGACAUGGCCGCGGCCAUGAAGAACGUGACGGAGCUGAACGAGCCACUGUCCAACGAGGAGCGGAACCUCCUGUCGGUGGCCUACAAGAACGUGGUGGGGGCACGCCGCUCCUCUUGGCGGGUCAUCAGCAGCAUCGAGCAGAAGACGUCCGCGGAUGGCAACGAGAAGAAGAUCGAGAUGGUCCGCGCCUACCGUGAGAAGAUCGAGAAGGAGCUGGAGGCCGUGUGUCAGGACGUGCUGAGCCUGCUGGACAACUACCUGAUCAAGAACUGCAGCGAGACCCAGUACGAGAGCAAGGUGUUCUACCUGAAGAUGAAAGGGGACUAUUACCGCUACCUGGCCGAGGUGGCCACUGGGGAGAAGAGGGCCACUGUCGUGGAGUCCUCCGAGAAGGCCUACAGCGAAGCCCACGAGAUCAGCAAGGAGCACAUGCAGCCAACCCACCCCAUCCGGCUGGGCCUGGCCCUCAACUACUCCGUCUUCUACUACGAGAUCCAGAACGCGCCCGAGCAGGCCUGCCACUUGGCCAAGACCGCCUUCGACGACGCCAUCGCCGAGCUCGACACUCUGAACGAGGACUCGUACAAGGACUCCACCCUCAUCAUGCAGCUGCUCCGCGACAACCUGACGCUCUGGACCAGCGACCAGCAAGACGACGACGGCGGCGAAGGCAACAAUUAAGACCCCCCCCCCCCCAGGUGGACUGGCAGCGCACGCUGAUGCUACUACUGCAGUCUUUAUUUUUUUCCCAUGAGUUGGGGGGUCGGGUGGGGGAGGGGAGAGGGAGGGCUGACCUUCCCAGGGAGAAACCCACGACCUGUCCUGUCUUUGAUCGCCUCUUUGACAUUUUUGCCAAAAUACCACUAGUGGAAAGUCAGGCUAGCUGUGCUGGUAUUGGAGUAGCAAGCCUCACGUGGGCACACGGACUGUUCUGCCGGUUCAUGCAAGUGGAGUGUUCAGUCUUUAAUUUAACUUAUUGCUAGAUGCUAGGGUUUGUGAGAGGAAUAGAAAUCGGAAGCAGAUGGCCCUCAUUCAGUUAAGUUCUGUGGUUCCAGUAAGGAUUUUUACAUGCCUGCGCUCUUGUCUUCGAGUUGUGGGUAUUUCCCCCCCCCCCCCCCCGUAGCUGUGCUUUCUCUUUCUUUUAUUGCCCAGCCAGAGUGUCCCGUGCCACACAAGGCAUAGUUUAAGUCCCAGACAGACAGACCUAGAGCCUGGGGCUCGUCCUCGUGGCUCAGGCCUGGCCUGCCCUCUGAAGUCCCGUGAGUUGUCAGUAUUAACACUAAAUUGCAGUUUACAGUAUUUCUACAUCACAGCCAUACGUGACAUCAAGCCAUUGGUUGGUGAGCUUUUUGUUGCUGGUUCUUUUGGCUCUACGUGCGGAUUCAGCCGUUAUCCAAGUAGGAUAGGCCAUUCCUCGUGUCUGCUAGGCUGGAAGAUGUGACUGGGAGAAUCGAAGCGACUUGAAGUUUGGGUAAUUAGGUGCUUGGCAGGUGGCUGUGGCUUUUCUUUUUUUUCCUUCAGUUUUUGGUCCUCAAGUUUCUGCAUAAAAUCCACCACAAAAGUUUUGAAUAGUUUUAAUAGAAAACCUAAAUACUAUAAAAAUAGAGAAGGUAUGGUCAGUAUGUCAUCUCUGGCAUUCUCUGAGAUGCUCCGGCUUCCAGUGGCCAGGGCUCCUUGCUCAGGGAUCACGCUGUCUGUCCCUGAGUUUGCUCAGCAUCCUGGGCCAAGCGAGCAGUCCUCAAGGUGUGUGGGAAGUCAGUGGUGAGGAAACAUUUCCAGUUUCUGGUCAAUUUUCCUUGAAACACCCUUCCCCAGCUUCCUUAGAAGUCACUGGUGGGAAGUGAAUGCUUACUUCCUGUUUGGCCAGAGCUUUUCCUCUCUGUUUUUCUUUCUAAUGAGAGCGUCGGCCUUCUCACGUGUGCAGUCACCGUACAGCCGGCAGUUAAAGGAAGCCACAUUGCUGUUUCCUGUACAUUCUGUCCCCAAAGCUCACCCUAGGUCCCUCGUUCUUGCUUUGGAUAAAUCUUACCCACAAACAUGACCUGUGGCAUGUUGAUUUUUUUUUUUUUCUUCUUCAGGGGGUGGUGUGUGUUUUAUAGGAUCAGUAGCUGUGUGCAUUCCCAAGAUGGAAAACAGCCCCAAACUUGGAAUUUAUUUGUUUUGUUCAGGCAAAGAGAGUCUGAGGAACAAUUUACGGACGUGGGGCAGGUGCUUUUGCGGAGGCCCAGACCAAGCUGCUCAUUGUGAAAUGAGCGUGGACAGGGCACAGGUGACAGUGGAGAUGCAAGAGCAGCGGUGGCCAUAGGAACAGUAGCACACACUGUCACGUGGCACGCGGCUCUCCUUAAAAGCCCGUGCUUUAGCGAAGUCCCCACGAACUUGAGUAAAGAAAGUUUGAUCACAGCGACACCAUCAAAGGAUCCAGGAGUGGGUGUCUUGGACAGGAAAACACUGGCAAGGGGACAGGCAGGGCUGUCCAGUCCACCUUCAUGUCCAGUGAGCACUGUCGUGUCCUUCCUUAUGGUGUUUGGAAAGGAUUUACUGGAAUUACAAAACCUAGUUUUUCUUUAAAUUUCAGCUCUGGCUUUGGCUACAUUUUAGGAGAAUGCAAGGUAGAUCGAGUGAGAGGGCCAGGACUGGAGAGGAGCGGGGACGUGACGUCUAAACAGCUUGAAUGGUUUCUUUCGUUUAUUUAAAAGAAAACAAAAAGCGCACUUGCCUAUGAUCCUGUCUCCAGUGAAAUGAUUACUCCUCCAUUACUCUAUGAUACAGUGUUGUGCAUGCUAGUGUUGCAUUUCUAUACAGUAGCUUGAGGUUUAUUAACUUAUACUGUAGGUGUUAUGUAUUCCUAUGACAAAAAAAAUUAAGUCUUCAAAUUUUUAAAAAAUUUUUUUAAUUUAAUUUUUUUUUUUUCCUUUUGGGGGUAAAGUUUGCUCUACCAAAUAGUGAUUGUAACCAAUUGAUCUGUUUUUGGAUGUUGCUAUCGUGACAUGCAGUUCUAUAUUUUGUUUUUAAGGGGGUGGGUGGGGCAAAAGAAAAAAAAAAAACACCAGUGUUAGCUUAACCUUAAUGUCUGGUGUUUGUCGUGGUGAAAUUCUAACUAUCACAGUGUAGGAGAACAUGGCCCAUGCUCUCUGAAUGAGCCUUCGUGCUUUUCUCAUGUUAUGCAGUGAACUAUUUUUAAGGUCUAAUCAGUGGUUAUUUUUCCAACUCCGUGUUUCGCUAAGGAAUUAUUUCGCACACGGACCAUUCUUAGCCGUUUUCCUCAGUGAUGGAAUAUCAUGAAUGUGAGUCAUUAUGUAGCUGUCGUACAUUGGCAAAUAAACUUACAGCUCUGAUGUCA